CAAACUCCCGUACGUCAUGUCAUCAACCUCCGUCUCUUCUGUGACUAUCCUCCGAUCGUAGGAUAUUUCCCGCAACGCACUCCAUGUGGUUGGGCUGGGAAAUCCAUUUGCGUGUAGCCUGCAUCAGACUGUACCACAGGAUUAGCCACAGACAGAAAGCAGAAGUCAAUCUCCCGUCAUGGAUUCUGUUCCUCGGCACCUUUAGACUAGCAAACCGGACCGGAGGAAUCCAUAUUUCCGUGGUGCUCAUCCCAACGUCGUGUUGAGUAUACCACAAGAUGCAUCUUUCGUUUUGGAUUCUGUUCCUCGGCACCUCCAGCGUGACCGGACCGGAGGAAUCCAUAUUUCCGUGGUACUCAUCCCAAAGUCGUGUUGAGUAUACCACAAGAUGCAUCUUCUGUUUUGGAUUCUGUUCCUCGGUAUCUAAAGCGUGGCCGGACUGGAGGAGUCCAUAUUUGCGUGUAGUUCAUCCGAGAAUACACCAUAAGAUUGACUCCAUUUCAAGCCAACAGACGAUUACAAAUGGUGAAGCACACAAGCAGGAUAAUUAUCAUCGUAAUACCAUCAUGGCAUCGAGAUAAAUCAAUUUGGAGUGUCAAGCAACCAUCAACUCCUGGAAAAUCCAUUCAUCCAGUCAAGCUAUUGUUCCAACCCGAUCGCUCAAGGUGGGCGGCAUGAGAUUCGUUACCAACCCGCAUCCAACUGCACAUCGACAACAUUCAUUCAUCCAAAGUCACCAAUUGAACCCAAUCGCUCAAGGUGGGCGGUGUGGGACUCGUCAGUUACCUGUAUUCCAACGAUUAUCAUCAUCAACUCGAUCAUUCAAGAUGGGCGGCGUAAAGCUCUUCAGCAUUAUACAUCCAACCAAAUAUCAUCAUCAAAAGAAGUUUACCCAGUCAAGUCAUCAAUCGCUCAAGUCGAGUCAUCAUCCAGAUCGGUCGCUCAAGGUGGGCGGCAUGAAAUUCAUCAGCAACCAAACAUCAUCGUCAACGAACAAAGAUUCAUCGAUUCGAGUCCAACCCAGUUCAAGCAUUAUAUCAUCAUUACAAACAUCGGAGAAAAUCGUAUCUCAUCAUAUUCCACCCAACCUCAACAACUCAACCUGGUCGCUCAAGGUGGGCGGUGUGAAGCUAGUCAACAAUUUGCAUCCUCGGCAUCAACGAAAACUCAUCGUCGAUUCGAUCCAGCCCGAUCGUUUAAGGGAUUCUAUGACGUCAUCGCAUCAGCAAGCAGAGUGUCAUCAUUUGAACAUCGGCUGAAAUCGUAUAGCAACAUCGCUCAGGGUGAGCGGUGUGAAGCUUGCCAACAACCCCAUCCAAGUUAGUAGCAUCAACGAAGAAACACCAGUCAAGCAUUCAAGACAUCGAUUCAACCCAAUUGCUCAACGUAGUAGCGUGAACCAACACAAGGGAAAUCAUCAUAAAUACCAACACAACUGCAGUCUGAGGUCAUCAUCAAGAUAAAGAUCGCAUCAACCCGUGCCACAUCGAAGUUCAUCAUAAAUUGCAUACAUCGAAAAGCAACAUAAUCGUUUCCCAUCUAAACCCAGUUAUUGAAAAUUGUAAACAAUUUGGUGGGCGGAAUGUUGAAGCCAUCGACAAGCCACCGGGGUGUUUCAAGCACACCACACCAGUGGAUGACAUGCCUCAUGCCGAGGCCCCAACAAGUCAUCAUAUCACCACUUAUAUUGCAUUAAAUAC